AUGAAGGUGGAUGGCACAACGGAAGAUUUGAGAACAUGUGAAUGGGAAGAUUGUGAAUGGAGUGGAUCUGCAAUAGAUGCCUUAUCUGAUCAUAUCAGUGAGAAGCACCUUAUCAAGGGUGAUAAUAAGUGCUAUUGGAGAAACUGUUCAAGGCAGUGUCUGCCGUUCAGAUAUCGAUAUCAACUACAACGCCAUCUUCGUAUGCAUACAAAUCAACAACCGUUUUCGUGCACAAUGUGUGCAGCUUCGUUCGCCUCAAAUGAACGUCUCACGCUACAUAAUCGUGUUUGUCAUCAGAAGUUACGAUUCGUCAAAUGUAAAUUUUGUUUGAAAACUUUUGGGACGUGUUCUGAUCGACGCAACCACGAGUUAAGAGCACACCACAAGAGACGUGUACAGUGUCAUUUGUGUGCAGCAGUAUUGUCGAGCGCAAGCGCAUUGAGGAAACACAGUCUGCGAUUCCAUCCGAAUCACUGA